CUUCGCCAUUUGCAUAGCGGAGGUUAUCGCACAACAAAAACGCAACAAACAUUUUAUUUACACAAAAAUCAGUACAUAUUAUAAACGUGAGCAUUUUAUUACCAUGGAGAAUGGGUGAUUUAGAAGUAGAUGAAUUCUUUUGUGUGUUAUGAACCCUGUUUAAUUUUCCAAGUAUACGUUAAUCAGUAAGUCAAUCAGCUUGAUUGUUGUGUAGUCCCGAUGCUUCAUUUGCCCUCCACUAGAACUGCUGUCACCAUCAUUGUGCCAUGGUCGUGUCGAAUUCACCCUCAUGCCCUCAGAUCCACAGAUGGAACAGAGGCCACGCAAGAAACGCGAAUACCAAUGCCCCGACUGUGAUAAAGUUUUAACUACGUCAGAAGGUUUAAACAUACAUAGACGACUUCAUACAGAAAUGUCACACGGUGAGAAGCCCUACGUUUGUGGGAUUUGUAAGCACGCAUUCAGCAGAAAGUGGAACUACACAUGUCAUUUAAAAGGCUGCCAGAAACGUCAUCUUUCACCUAAUACCAGUUUCACAGAGCUCAAAGACCAUUCUGUGGAAGUAAAGCCAAGGAAGUCUAAAGAAAAGGAUACAGAUGCUUCUCGUGUGAUUGGUCUGAGCGGUGUUGUAAAACAGACUGAUAGUAAAAAGAUAAAUGACUUGAAACAAGAAGAACCUUCUCUUCAAUUCUGCAGUAAAAAUUCUCUUGAAACAUAUGGCAGAAAAAAAUUUGUUCAGAAAGAUUCAGUUGAAUAUAUUGAACAGAAAAAUGUACUAACAGUGAAUCAUGUGACUCAAACUGAGCCAACUGUAACUGAUGACUUGAUAUGGUCGACUUGUGAAAAAGAUACAAUUAAUGCAGGCUUAUCAUCGUCAGUUGUAAAAACGUCGACCAUAGUGACUAGUGAAUCUCAGGGAUUAACAUUCGCUACGUCUCAAAGUGUUGAUGUAAGUAAUAUAAUUUCACAGGGAACAAAGGCCAUACCUCAUAUAAAAGAGCCCUCAUUUAAAACUACUUCUGUGAAACAUUCAUCAUCAGUAAGUGAUGCACUGAACAAAACCUCAGUACCAAUUAAUAGCAGUACACCUGAUGCUCAUUUGAACCUAACUUACAAACAUUUUCCAAAUUCAAAGGUUUGUGCAUUAAAUCAGUUGAUUCCAAAUUGUGCUGGUAAUGUUAUAGACCUUGCAAAACAAUUGAAAAAGUUUAGUAAAGAUCCGCCACCUUAUCCUGGACUGCCUAGCAGGAAAGUCUCAUCACCACCAACUGCUUCACCAAAAUCUGGAACAUCUGGCCCCAUUUCCCACAUUAUUCUUGUUAAUGGUGGAAAGACAUUAUACUCUUACCAACUUCAAGUGAAGCAGGAACCUGGACUUAUAGAUCAGCCAAGUGACACUGUUGGUAAUUUGAUAAAACACAAAAAUAAACUUAUUGAUGAAUCAGCACCUUGUCUUAAACCUGCUUUUGAAAGUAAUUGUUAUGAUGAAAUUGAUGGGGAUAUCCCUAUUGUAAAAGUUGAAACAGAUGACAAUACAAAUACACAUAUCAAUGAUUCUAGUGAUUCCAGUGUUGUUAAAAUAAAGAAUGUUUUAGUGAAUGAAAAGAAAAGGAAGUUCAAUAAAGUAGAGAACACUGCUGGUCAAUUUGGGUUUGGAAAAGUUGAAUCGGAAAACACUGCUGUGAAGAAGACUACGGAUGAAUUUUUUAACUUUAAAACUGACUAUAAUAGAAAUUUCUCUAAUAUAGAACCACAAAUUUAUGACAGCCAUUUUGCAUUUGGUGGAGAGAAAUCAGAAACUACUAUCAAAGUUGAAUCAGAUAAUUGUGGUGGGAGGUUUGGACUUUGUACCUCUGCUGAUUUUGAUAGUGACAAAGGAGUUGAAAGUAGCUCUGAUGAGCUUGGAUAUCAUACCCUAGGUACACAAUCAUGUAUGACAUUAAGAAAUCGUGAAAACAAAUCAUUCAAAAGGUUACAUGAAUUAAGAAAAGAGAUUUUAAAUGGUGCUUAUGUAAAAGAUGUUUAUGAUGCUGAAGAAAUAGUUGACCCAGAACCAAUUUCUAAAAUAAAGAAAACUGAAAACAAGGAUGUGAUUCAUAUAAAGGAACUAGUUGAAGAAAGGAGAAGGAAAAAGGAAGGGAGAAAAUCUGAAAAUCCAGUUGCUGUUGAAACUUUUGUACAGAAAAGAAAAAAAUCCGAUAAAGAAAAAACUGCUGUUUAUAGACAGAGGAAAAUUAUACAGAAAUCUUUCACAAACUCUGGAUUUGAAUGUAAAAUAUGUGGAAAGUUAUUGACAACACCAUAUGGAUUACAGAACCAUUUGAUGGUUCAUGAAGGUCAGAAACCAUUCGUUUGUAAAGUUUGUAAUCACGCAUUUACAAAGCAGUGGAAUUUAAAGACUCAUUUACAAAACAGACAUAAAAUAGAUCCUUCAAAAAAGGAUCUAGAACCAAAAUGUCCUGUUAAUUUAUCAACAAAAGGUUCUAGUAUAAGACGUGUGAGCAGGGAAAAUAGUUCUGUGAAUUUAAAGUGUGAAAUACGUAAUGAGAAAGUGCCAGUUGCUUAUGAAACCUCUUUUGAUGUGAAAGUUGAAAGCAGUGAAAGUGAUUUUGAUGGUUCCAAGACUUCUGUAAAGUCAGAAUUAAGCGAGGACUAUUUUUCUAGUAACCCAAAGAAUUGUGAAAAAGUUGAUAAAGAAGAGACUGAGAGUAUAAGUACAUUUGAUAAUGCUGAAUUAAUUAAUGAAUACUUGAGUGUGAACGACAUUGACAAUAGUUCAUUUGAAGGUUCUGAAGGGAACAUAUUUGAUUUAGAUGAAGCUGAUUUCUUAGAAAUUAAGCAACUUGAAACUGAUGUAGAUUUAGAGACUAUGGUAAAUAAAGAGACAGUUAUAGGAGCUGAUGAAACAUGUGGAAAUGUUAAUGAGAACUUAAUUGGUCUAGACAAAAGCAUGGCUAAUGAAAAUGUGAUAACAAUGGAAAAAAGUGAUCUCAAGACGGAAAAUGUUCCAAAUGGAGCAUUAGAGGAGUCAAAAGUUCAGAGUGUUGAUUCUAAAUGUGAGAAUGGAGAUGUAAUGAAAAACCAGGGUACAGAUGUUGGGACUGUAUCUGGUGUGACAAUAGAAAGUGGAAACUUUUCUGAACCUACCAUUGGUUCUGUUGAUAUAAAUGAAAGAACUAGUCAAGGAAAUGAUGUUAAGGACAAUAAACCUGUAAAUACUUCAGAGUUUCAAUCAGAUUCAAACAAAACUUUGAACAAAAACACUGAUUUUGAUAGUUUUGAAGUAUCAAAUGUAGAUUUUAAAGGAGCAAGUGUGAGUAGUGAUUUUUCAAAUAAUGAAAAUGUUUUACCAAAUAAAUGUACAGAAACUGAGAAUGUAAGUGCCUCUAUUGAAGAGAGACAAAGUAGAGGGGACUUUUCUUUAAACACAGGGCCUUUGUCUUCCAUUGAACGAAAUUCUGAUCUCAGUUCACCUAAUUCCAGCCUGGUAAAGCAAAUGGAACACAGCAAUGGUACUGUUCCAGCCAGUGAAAGUCUUCCUCUUGAAUAUACAGAACAAGUUCAGCCAGUUGUUCAGCCUCCUGGGGAUCCUUACAGUCUUCCAGUUCCUCCCCAGUAUCCAGGACAACUUGAACACUAUCCUCCGUCUCCUUACCCAGGGCAACAAGCUGUUGCAUAUGAUCAAAAUAUGUAUAGUGCCCAUUUAGCAAAUUUAGCACACUAUCAAAAUAGGGCUGUGGAGGAGAUGGAUGGGCAGUUUUUGCCUCCAGGAGAUGGAAGUCAAGAUCCUGCCAAGGACAAACAGUUAUACGAGUGUCAGACUUGCGGUAAAAAGUUAACAUCCACUGGGGCCUUGCAAACACAUAUGCGUGUUCACACUGGGGAGAAGCCUUACCAUUGUGAUAUCUGUAAUCGUGCUUUUUCAUUUAAAAGCAACUGUACUAGACAUAUGUUAACACAUUCUCAAGUGAGACAGAAGAAAAGCCCGCCCAAAAAUGGUCCUAAACCAGCCGAUGGUCAACCAAAUUCCAGUGAAUCUCCCAGUGCACUACCAGGUUUUGAAGAGAUUAGAAACACAGGAGAAGAAUAUCCUGAGCCUGGUAUGCAAACAAGUCCCAUGACUCAAUCACAAGGAAUUCUUCCAUCUAUGCAGACUCUGGUAUCAAAUCAAGCAUCUCAUUUUCCGGGUAUGCAAUCCAGUCCACAUCCAAACUACAGUCAUACUUCAACUCCUGACUCGGCACAAGAGAGGUCCGGCGAUACUACUCCUAAACCUGAGGAUUUAACAAUGAGUCCUUACGGAAUGCAAGGGGUGGAUUUCACACAACAUCGGCAGCAUCCAUUUUAUCAGAACCAUCCGGUUUAUUAUGACCCUUAUGGACAUGGAAUGAGUCAAUAUCCGCCAGGAGCAUAUCCCCCACCUAUGAGUCCUAUGCAACAGCCACAUUAUGGGAGUGAAUAUACUCAUAUGGGAGCUCAUCCUGGUUACAGACCAGAACCACAGACAUGUCCAAAUCCUGAGGCCAUGUCGACUGGUUCAAGUCCGCAGCAAAUGCAUCAAGCACCAAAAUUGCCUGAACCGUCUCCUGAUACUCCCGUAAUGAAACAAAAGAAUAGGUCAAAGGAAUACCAAGGUGAGAGAAAACAUCCAUCUAAGUAUUGCGACAUAUGUAAGAAAUCAUUCUCAGCCAGCUACUACACAAAUCAUAUGAAAAUGCAUACAGGAACAAGUCCACACAUCUGCACUCUUUGCAAUCAAGUGUUUUCGCAAAAGUUUAGUCUGACCAGACACAUAGAAAAUAUACACCACAAGUCAAAGCCAGAUAUUGCUCAGUCAAAAAUGACUCCGGCAACUGGAAUCUCACAUGCAUCUGGAGUUCAAGCUGCAGUUGGGGUACCACCUGCAGUAGGGGCACCUUUUACUGGAACAACAUCACAGCAUGUAGAUAAUAAGGCAUAUUACAGCCAUCCCACAGUCUCAGAACCCAGUGCUAGUACAAACCAGGGAGUAAAUGCAAGCGGAGAAAAGCAGGCACAUAUUCAGGGGUCAGGAACUUCUAGAUCUGACAAUACAGUUGAAAAUACUGCUGAUAUAAAGGAAGAAAAAGUACCAUCUGAUCAAGUAUCAUCAAGUCAUUUAUUAGCUCACAACUCCAGCUCUCAACCAUCUGAUGGUAACCUCUCACAACAGGCCCAUUUCAACAAUUACACAUCUCCUGCUCCACAAAAUCCUGAGACGGGACAAUUAAUGUCACCAUUUCCUCAUGGAAGCCAGAGUGAUAAUAAAUAUACAGAAAUUCCAUAUCAGCAAGCUCCACAACAAUAUCCUAGCCAGUUACCGUCUUCUCAGACAGAGUCAAGUCAGUGGGCUCCACCUCUUCCAUCAAUACAUCAUCUUCAACAGCAGCCAGUUCAAGGUCAACCUUUACAUGUAAACCAGCAGCAGCCUGCAGCACUAGCUGUUACAAAACCAAUGCCUCCAUCUUCACAGUCUUCUAUAGAAGAAGGUGACAUUGAAGACAUGAGUAAACAGCCAUCAGGUGAGAAGGUAAAGGGGUCACAUGUUUGUAAUAUCUGUAACAAAACAUACUCUUCAUCGGCAACAUUAAAAGCUCAUCAUCGCAUUCACACUGGUGAGAAACCAUAUACAUGUGAAUUUUGUGACAAGUCAUUUACAUUUAAAGGUAAUAUGAAGCAACAUAUGGCAAAACAUCACAAAGAUGUAACACCAACAACACCAGGUUCUGAUGCUCAACUUGAUCCUUCCAUGUCAGAGAAUUCAUUAACUGGUAUGAAAACUCCUACCAAAAAGUCACGGAAGUCACCAGCGCCUUUGACAGCAAGUCCGGGUUAUGGAUUCCAUAUGUCCGAGACAGCUCAGCAAUUUGAUGUUCCUUCACAAGAUUAUAAGGGUUACAGCAAUUCACCUCUGUAUAAACAUCAGAUAAAAUCUGAGCCGGAGACCUAUGCAAGUAUGCAGCCUGCCAUGUAUAACUAUCAGAGCAGGUCACCAAUGAGCAGUUUGGGAACCAGAACGCCACCCCAGCUGUAUCCCACUCCACCUCCACAGACAUUUAGUGGAAGUCCUAUAAAAUCUCUUCCAUCCAUCCAAAACUUUAAUACUUUUAAUGCUAGUCAGGCAGGAGUUUAUCCAAAUUAUGGAGAAAAGCCACCAGGAUUUCCACAUAGCGUUGCUUCUAAUCUUCAACCUGGACCAGCUAUGGAUGUUAAACCUGAUGUCCCAAAAAGUUCAAGCUCAAACCCUGAAUCAGAUGGUUUACCUGCACAGAUUGCUAAUGCUGUUCUUGGUAUGCAGCAAGAAGGUUUAGGAGGAUCUGGUCUCAAUCCAGAAUAUCCUGCAGUUGCUCAUCCAGAUUUAAAGAGCUGGCCAGAUCAUAGCUUCCCAGCAGUCCCUGUUAUUAAGGCAGAAGAGAAUGAGAAUUCAAACAUAGCACCAUCCAUAGGUGAUCUUGAGAAAACAGUUAUGCCUUUUGUUGCUGAUGAAUCUCACCAAGUUCACAAGACAGAAACACCACAGGAAGGUGUUAGAGGUUCAACACAAGAGGAAACAACUUCAAUGCCUUCUUCCUUAGUGCAUGAGCAGAGUCACCUAUACAGCCAGUCAAAGACAAGGCAAGAAUCUGAAAUAGGCCAACCAAAUUCUGUGGUGCAUUUAGGUAACCAAUCAGAUUCAAUGUCUCAUAACUUCCAGUCAGGUGUACCAUUGGAAUCACCUGUAAUGCAAUCACCAAGUUCUACAAGUACAGAUUUACAGUCGCCUCAUCCAAGUACACCAGGUACACCAAUCAUCUCUCCGCAGAAUAAUAUAUUUCUGAAUAACAUGGUUUCACCUCAGGCAAAGACACCAGGAAAUCCCCUUACCUCACCAAAACAGAAAAGUAUCAUUUGUCCUAUAUGCAACAAGGAGUUAGCAUAUUCUAGCAGCCUGUCAACACACAUGCGUGUUCACACAGGAGAAAAGCCAUUCUCUUGUCUUCUCUGUAACAAAACUUUCGCCCAGAGAAGUAACCUUAAUACACACCUUAGGUCAUGCCGGAAGAAAAAUGAUAGCAAAGAAGGGACUCCUGAAUUUUCAGGACCUGAAGGUCAGACUGUGGGGUCAGGGCCUGACACUCCAGGAAGUGAGAGUUUGUCUGCACCAUUGUCUAGAAAGCUCAGCACCAGUAGUGAUGUCAGUACAUCUAAUUAUGAAAUUGCAAUGGAUUUAUCACAGCAUCAUCAGAAAAACCAACAUUAUCCAGGGGCACCUCCCCCUCAUCAUCCGCCGGGCCUCGGAGAAUAUAAUCCUCAUUUUAAUUAUGAGAAUCAUCCAGGAGGGUUAAACAUGAGUUAUGGUCAAUACCCAAAUGAAAUGUAUGCUCAUCAUCCAGGAAUUGUUCAAACUCAGCAGAAUUACCAAGGUGAACUGGAACAAAACCAAUACAGCAUGAAUUCAAGCUCUUCAUUACCGUCUAUGUCAAGUUCAAGCAUGACACAGCCCACAAGUAGCUCAGGAAACAUGUUGCCAAACUUUUCAAGUGUAUUUUCAAAUCUAAAUGACACAUCUGCUGGUCAUCAGGGUUUCCAAUAUCCACAGCAACAACAACAGCUACCUGGCUUUGAUUCAUUUAAAUCUUCAUUUAAAAGGGAAACAUUACCUUUGUCUCAAGACUAUGCCACCGAUCUUACAGAAAAGCCAGUCAAUAUGACACUUCAGGCAGAUCUCAGUCCAUCACCAAACAAAGAGGCGAAAGCAGUAGGACCUCUACCUGACUGGGGAAGUCAAUUAAAACAGGAACAAUGGCUGUCUGAUUCCAAACCAAAACAAAUUAAAUCAGAAGGAAAAAGACGUAGUUCUGCAAAAACACUGUCCGAAGAAGAGAAGACUGCUGCUCGUACAUGCAAAGAAUGCAAGAAAGUAUUGUCAUGUAUGGCUGGAUUGAGACAUCAUAUGCGUAUACAUACGGGAGAGAAACCAUUUAGAUGUGGUUUAUGCAACAAGAAAUUCUCUCAAAAAUGCAACACUCAUACACAUAUUAAAUCUUGCAUAAAAACUCAAAUGACCAAAGGUAAUUUGCCUGAAGAACAUCUUUCAAAAAGUGAGCAAGAACUGUGUGUUUUGUUUACUAUACGAGACCCAGACAACAAAUUAGAAGGGGGAGAGUCUGAGUCUUUCAUGGAAAACAUGGAGGAAGAUAGUAAUUCUAGAUUUGGAAAUGAAUCUGGUGCAGAUAAUGCAGUUGAUAUUAUAAGUAAAGGUAGUAAUGAAGAGGGUAAAAGCAACACUGAACUUGUUAAACAAGCCUUAAUGGACAUUAUUGACAAGGUAAAAGCACAUGAAACAGUUAGUCCACUUGAGAAUAGGCCUGGAAUUCAGUCUCCUUAUCGUUCCUUCGAAAAUGAUGAAUACGAAAAUGAGCAAAGUGAAAUAGAUGAACGAGACAGAUUAACUCCAAAUUUUCUUGAUAAAGAUAAAAUUCGGGGAGUUGAUAGUGGUUAUAAGAAAAGGAAAUGCUGUGAAUGUGGAGUUGAGAUAACUGGCUCCCCAAGUUCCCUGAAACAUCAUAUGAGGACACAUACAAAAGAGAAGCCGUUUGUUUGUGAUUACUGCUGUAGACCAUUCUCGAUGAAAUUUAGUCUUAAUCGCCACAUUAACACUCAGCAUGGUGAAAACAGACAUGAGAGAAGGAAAGUGGAUAAACGAAAACUUAGUGUCGAUGAUCAAAGUAAUGAAAACUCUGCAUCAAGUGAUGCAAAACAUUUUAAGUCUCAGAAUUUUGCUGAAAACUUCAGUGAAAUUAGUGCUAUUUCUGAAACAAAAGAUACUGUAAAGACUGAAUCUUGUGUUGGACCUUCCUGCACUGAGAUCAAGGUAGAAAAUGUUGUUGAAAAUCAAAACUGUCCUGCAAAAAUUAAAAUGGUGAAUGAUCAAAGUAUGUAUGAAUUCACUAAAGUUAAUCAAAUGAAAGAAGACAUUUCAGGAGUUAAGAGUGAAAAUAAUAUGGAACCAGAUACAUUGUUUGAAAAUGAAAGUGGUGAAAAAAGUGACAUAAGCUUUGAGAAGGGGGAAGAUAUAUCUGACAUUAAAAAUGAGAACAAAGUGAAGGUGAAAAAAUCAAAAUAUCCAAUUAUCGAUGAGGCUGCCAUAGCAGCUAUGGAUAUUACUAAACGUGGUUUAAAGGUCUGUGAAAUAUGCAAUAAGGAAUUUGCCCGUCCAGUUCUACUUUUAAAACAUAUGCGAACGCACACAAAUGCAGAAAAACCAUACAAAUGUGUUAUGUGUAACAAGGCAUUUGGUUACAAAAGCAGCUUGAAAACGCAUUUUGAGAAACAUAAAUCGGAGAUGUACAAGUGUAAUAUAUGUGAGGAACUGUAUACAACGGAGACCGAACUUGCUGAACAUUCUGUUAGCCAUUCAUGGGAUGAUUGCCCAGACUUAGACGCAGUAUAACAUACAGUUGAUGUGUUUUAUAUUUUUUUAUUAUUUUUCUUUGUUAUUUGCUUAUACUGUUAUAGAAAUAUUUAAUAGGA